AUGAGGACAGCAUCGGAGCUUGGACAACGUCAGGAGGGACAUGGCCUCACGGCCUUCAGGCAAGAGGUUCGGAUGGUGAGUUGUCUUCUGCUAAACCUUCCAGGGACCUUUUAGAGGGUCUAUGGUCUUUUCUGGACUCAUGUAGCAGAGGUUCGAGGGGAAGUGCUACAUUUGGACAGGUUUGGGAUACUAAGCAGGAGAAAAGGCGAAACUAGUUGGGGACAUCCCAGAUACAGCUAGGCAGAAUAUCCACGUCUACUUUGCGGGGCGGUUGGGGGGUCAGCUUAAACCGGAGGUGAGGGCGAGGAUAUGGAAAGGGGAAUUUCUGGAGAUCUUCUUGCUUCCUCCUCUGGACGAAUACGUAGAAUUGACUGAGGUGGAUUGGAAAAAUGCCAGGAAGAAGGGAAAAGGUGCCGCUAUCGGCAAAUACCCAAAUCCUUCGGGUAUUGGUUGAGGGCUUGUGGUACUCUGGGGAGCAUUGUGGGGGAAUAAUCCCCUGAACGGUGCUUGCAUUUGUUCUGUUACUUAGAUGGGGAUCUGGGAGGCGAACCGCGCAUACAGGGGCUUGGCGUGGUGGCGUAUGAUGAACUGUUUCGGCACAGGCUUUGGGUCAAUUCGGGAAACAUGAGUGUUCCGGGGUGGAGGCCCGCAUGGGUACAACCACUGCUCCAAGACAGGCAAGUCCUCCUGCACCCUUGCCACUGGGGCGAUCGCCGGUGUCGAUGUUGUCGUGACUAAGCAGCUAUGGUAACCAGGAGGACGCUUUGCUGUUGCGGGACGGGUUUGCGACAGGAUUGUGAUUCCAUUUCGGCAAGGGGAAGGUGUUUGCAAUCUACGGAAUCUGAAGUCCAUUGGGGUUUUUCCAGAGGUGGUUCGGAAGAAAUGGUUCAAAUAGGUACAGUUAGGGAGGAGGGCAAGGCCGUUCAAGGGGCCCCCGAUGAGUGAAUUGCAGGUGCCAGUGGGGGUCAUGCCUAGCUGGAGCCUGGUGAGUACGGGUUUAUUCCUCAUUGAUCGUAUCAAUAUGGAUCUUUGAGAAUUAUGAUAUUGACAGGGCUCUAGGCUCGGCAUUGUAUGCAUUAUUUGUCCAAGCGGUCGAGUUGGUUUGGCGUGUGGGCAAGGGGGUGUUGAUGGCUACAGUGGACGUUAAAGCGGCAUUUUGAUAACUGCCCAUUCACCCUGACUGCCAUCAUUUACUGGGCUGUUCUUUCGAGCGGUAGUAUUUUGUUGAUCGGUGUUGCCGAUGGGGUUGUUGCAUAUCGUGUGCGUACUUCGAAAAGUUCAGUACUUUUCUGGAGUGGGGUCAAAUACGGGACGGACACUAAAUUCAUGGUCCAAUACCUAGAUGAUGUCAGGCCGGCGCGUUUGGUAGUGUGCCGGAUAGGGUUGAGAACGUUGGACUGGGUCGCGAAUGUCUUCGGAAUACCAUUGGUGGGCGACCGGAUGGUGAGGGAAACAAAUUGCUUGUCCUUCCUGGGCUUGGAGAUAGAUUCGGGCCGGAGGGACUGUCAGUUGCCGGAGAACAAUUUACGGGCACUGCGGCAUGCCGUGGCAGAGGUCUAUGAAGCUAAGAAAGUUACUUUGCAGGUGUGUCAGUCAUUGGUGGGCCAGCUCAAUUUCACAUGCCGGAGGAGCCCGGUGGGAAGGGUGUUCAACAGGUCCCUCUCCAGGGCAAACAGUGGGCUAGCGUCACCGCAUCAUGUCAUUCGAUCUGGAUGUGUGGCAGGUCUUUAUGGGGAUUUAUGGACAUGUCCGUUGCCGGGAGCCGGUGGCUUCCUUGCCCGCUCUGGAAUUGCUUAUGUGCGGAUCCAGCAGCAUUGGGCUUGGAGUUUAUUUCACAGGGCACUGGGCCAAAUGCGUGGAAGGCCAGCACCCUCAUUUUCAACCUGGCAUUUCUGGAACUCUUUAAUUUAGUGGUGGCGCUGGCAUCGGGGGACAACAAAUGAGGGACAGGAAGGUUACCUUUGUACUGACAACAGGUCGGUGGUUGAGGUUGUUAAUGGUUUCUCUGCUCCUUCUAUCCCUGUUAUUCGGCUCCUUCACCGCCUUUUUCUCUCUUGCAUGCAAUUUAAUAUUGUGUGCAGGGCACGUCACGUGCCGGGGAGGCGCACGUGGCAGUAUCCCCGGGCGCACAAGAGGAAGGAGUGCAUUGCACAGCGGAAAGUGGCAGCUCGGGACCUCUUGCUUGGCGGUCUCAUAAAAGGGGUCGUUGGCGGCCUACUUCAAGGUUUGGCACAAAUGGGAUGCCACAAUGGUGUGUGUGAGUGGACACGACUCGGCCACAGCUAGGUUCAACACUUUGUUAUGGUUUCUUUCUAGGUUAUUGGUGGCAGGGGCAUAUUCAUCAGCAGUCGGACACAACAGGACGGCGUUGGUGUUUUAUUUAUGUUUAAUGGGUGGGAAGAAUUAACCAAGAAUUUCCUAUUGCCUAAAUUCCUAAAUUCUGCGAGGCUUACUUGGCGUACUGCCCGGAGGUUUGUGUUUUGAAAUGUGAGGUUGUGCUGUUUUCCGUGGUGUUUAGUGAGCAUUGAGCAUAAGUGACUUGGUGAGCAGCAACCGCCGGGGCGGAGGUGGGUUACAGUGUCCGGACGUGAAACUGUGGCAGAAUCGGGUGUUGUGACAUCUCCACCGUUCCAAAACUGACAUAUUCGGGUAGGGCAGCACUGUUUCUGAUGCCAUAUAUGGGCAUGUGCAGUGGCGUUUUGGGCAUUUCGUACUGGGAGAGGAAGUUCAUUUUUAUUGCAAGUAGAUGGUUCUUCGGUGUCCACAGUUCAGUUCCUUAGGGUUUGUCGAUUGGCCUUGGGGAGUGUGGGCCUGGGUCCAUUACAAUCCGCACUUUCAGAAUUGGGGCUGCAAUGGAGGCAGCUUGAUUGGGUUGUGGGGUGAACCGGUCCAGUAGAUCGGGAGGUGGGAAUCGGUGAGAUUCAGGUCAUAGGUGAGGCCCAAUCAGUUGAAGUCUGGUUGAAAUGGUGAUCAUUGUUCUGUGUGGAUAAUGUGUUUUUCUUCAGCAGGUUGGAUUGCAUGGAUGAUGGGACACUCAUAUGUUUACUGGGCACAAAGGAGAGCUGCAGUUCAUCGUCAAGGCAUACAGCUGGGCUUCCCGCGCUCGAUUGUGCAGAUGGAGUGAUUUGGUUUUAGGGGUUGCAGUUGGCACGGUGUAUGUUUAGAGCUAUCCCAAAGGCUUAGAGUGGGUAAAGUACCUAACAUUGUUUUGUUUCAUGCCGGGGGAGAAUGAAUGAGGCCUAUUUUCGCAGAGGGCUUUGCUCCUGGAACUGAAGAAAGAUUUGGAUGGGUUGAGGCAGAUGGUCCCUGACGGCGUUGUCAUAUGGCCAGAGAUGGUACCGUGAUCGCAAUGGCAACAAUGGCAACAAUGGGAUCAUCAGCCAGUGGCAAGAAGUAGGGGGACGGUAAAAACAACUAUGGCAACUAAUAUGAGGUGCUUGAGGGAAAGAGUGGUAAGGCAUGGGGAGUUGGAAGCACAGUUGGCAGGUUAUUACAGGCAAGAUGGUGUGCAUCUGUCAGAGGUGGGUAUGGACUUCUUGUUGGUUUGGGGGCAAUAAGGUAGCUCAAGGUGUCGAGCUCUGAGCUAUGGCGGGGGACGGAUAGAGAAUUUGGGGUGUAGGUUGUUUGUCCUGAUGGAAAAUAGUUUUGGUUCACUAAGAAUAGUUUGGUUUGAAAGAGUAUUGGUAGGUUCAAGCUCGUCGGUAGCUCUGAAUCUGGUGUGUGUAGGGUGUAUCUCAGUAUAUCCCUACAUGGACAGUUUGGUGUGGAAGAGUAUUGGUAGGUUUGAUCUUGUCGGUAGCUCCGAACCUGGCAUGUAGGGUGGCAAUGGUUAUGUCAUGCCCUCGGUGGCAUUGCUUAUGUCAUGCCCUCAGUGGCAAUGGUUAUGUUAUAUGUUGAUUAUAUGUUAUAAUGUGGUUUUACUUAUUGUGUUGUGGGUCAUUGUCUGGCGUAGUAUUGUUAAAGGAGUUGGGGGGGAUAUGUUAUGUUAAUAUGUGACAAUGACCCUAAAAUAUUUGAACUUUAUUUAUUAAUAAAGCUGUGAUAAGCCAAGGAGGAGAGAAGACGGUGUCAGAAGAAAAAGAAGACUGUGUCAAAUGAAAGAGAAGAAAAGGAGAUUGGAGCAGGAAGGACAAAGGAAGUAAACCCUCCACUUCAUUCUGGACACCACAUCAUAAGGCUUUGGUACCUAGGCGUGGCAGGGAAACUGUGGACCUUUUCGUCUCCCCAGGUAAAACAAAUAUCAGUGUUAAUGUGUUCAAUUUUAUUUACUGUCAAGAAGCCCAGAGUGCCGCUGGGUAGGGGUGCCGCUGAUUGGCUAGAGCGGUCAGCUGGCACUCUAAGCCAAUAAGUAGCUCCCCAUUCAUAGAAAAGUAAAACCUUUUUAUGAAUUGGGAACUAGUGAUUGGCUUAGAGUGUCAGCUGACCACUCUAGCCAAUUAGCGGCACCCAUGACUGACAUAAAUCUGCACUUCCUGACACUGUGUUUCAGAAGCCGAAUACCACUGAGCGACCUGGAGAUCUGGAGCUGGGGGAAGCCUUUGGGAUUAAACCAUUCGAGAGUGGUUUAACCCCUUAAAGGACAGAGAGUGCCCUGAGGACUCCUGGCAUUAUAACAUUUUCAUUUAGAUUAAGUUGUUAUGGUGACCAGAAUGUUCCUUUAAUUUGCUUAAAGGAACACUGUAGUAUCAGGAAUACAAACAUGUAUUUCUGACACCAUAGUUGUGAAAACGCUAUUUAUGUAUCUUGCCCCCUCAAUUUAUUUCCAGCGACACGCCAAUUUCUCUGUGGUUUCCCCUCCUUGCCUAGGUGUCUCGGUUUUUUUACUUCCAAAAUCUGGUCACCCUGGCUUUAUGUGAUAAUGACUAUGCCCCUCCCCUUCAUGACACUGUCAAAAAUGGGCCAAACAUGGAUGUCAUUACAAUUAUGACCCCCUCCCACCGAAAUAUUCCUGCGGACGCCCAUGGUAACACAUGCUUUCUUAGUGCCUUAAGAAACACUGGAGAAGAGGAAGACAUUUCUUAAUUUAAAGAGAAAAGAAAUAUAUAAUUUAGUACUAUAAUAUAUUCGUUGAAUUACAUUUUUAACUGUUAAUGUAAGCAUAUAAUGACAAGUUAAUUUUAACUAGGAAACUGCAAUAACUGUAUCCAUAAAAGUAUUCAAAGUCUUAAGCAUGUUAUGGACAUCAAAUGGUAAAAAUACCAAUAAAAUCUCUUUUAAUUUUAGAUUGUAACACUACAAAAUGUGGAAUUGUCCAAGGUCGAGGGUGAAAAAAAAUAUAUAAUGCCUUACAGGUUAUUUAUUAAAUGCUACUUGGCUGCUAUUUUGACAUUCGGAGCCAGAAGUAUCACCCGGCAGAACAGCUAUUCCAGAAUGGUGAGUACACUUGACAAUUACUCGUUCUAAAAGUCAUUUAGCUUUGACGUUGUUGCAAUUUGCAAUUGCACUGCUUUUACAAAUAGAAGCUUUUCAAUAAGCAUGGAGUGUUAUAUAAUUAUUAUUGUGGCUUUUGGGACACAUUAAAAAUAAGGCACUUAAAAUAAUAACAAUGCCUACAUUCAAGAUAAAGACUUUUCUCUGUGCCGAGUCAAAAUAUUUUUAAAGAGUAAAGGGAAGUUAAAGGAGUCAUUACUUAUUAAGCCAAUUCCCAGCAACGAACAUAACAAACAAGAUAAAGAGUGCUUAAUUCAUUAAAGGGGUAAUUCAUAUUACCAUCUGUUAUGAUGGUAAUAUGAAUAUUACUGGGUGUAUCUUUAUAUCUAUAUAUCUAUAUAUAUUCAUACUUCAUAUUACCGCCAUAUUUUUUUUCUGCCAUUCUCUUUUUUAUUGAGGCUGGUUCUAAGAACAAUACAAACCACAAGGAGUAAUAGCAGGAGUGUACAUAUACAACCAGGUUAAGUACAGUAAAUAACAUGCAUAUGUCUUUGUAGUUAGACACAUGAAAGUAAACUCUGUGGAAUUUAGCCUCCUUAAUAGAAAUGAAAAUAAUAGUAAAAUAACAAAGUAAUGUGGCUAAUACGCAUGCCAAAUCAUUGUGUUAGGGAGUAUCACUGCAUUGAAAAGACUAUCAUAGCACCUCUACAAAAAAAAACAAGAAUAAAAUAAGAAUAAAAAGAAAACACAAAUAAUUUAACCUUUGUUGUCCAGUUAUUGACACUGAAAUGUUGGUCAUUUUUUUAAUUUAAUCUUUACAUUUUAAAGACCGGUGAGCAGCCAUUCUAUUUCGGAUUUGUGUCUUUGGAGCUCAGGCUUAUGCACCCGGCAGUGAAAGAGUUAAAGCGUGAGUGCAGGGGAUUUUUUUCCUAUAUAUAUAUAUAUAUAGGAGGUCGGCACUGUGAAUACCAUUGUCUGGUUGGGUGCUUUUUUUUAACAGUGUGGAGUGUAAUUGCCUGUUCGUGCCUCGAAAUCUUGCUCACACACUCACUUUCUCACCAGCCCGCUAGUAUUGUAAUGCCGGCAGCUGGAGACAGGAGAGACAGGACCCAGGAAGCUCUAACCUGCAGCUCCGCUGGGUUCUCCUCUUGCAAGCUCGGAGCGUUGCCAUGGUGACCAUGGCAACACUCAGAAUCUUGCAAGAGUGAACUCUAGCCUGAGCUGCUAGAGUUCACUCUAACCACUUGGACCACCAGGGAUUGUCUUGUACUGUCCCCCCUCCUAGGCAAAGUUAAGCAGGGAGGGGGGAUAUCAACCCUCCAAUCCCACAGACCCACAAUAAUCCCCACCUUACACACACACACUGCCCCAUACACACACACUGCCCCUAAACACACACACUGCACCGCUCACACACACACUGCACCCCUCACACACACAUUGCACCCCUCAUACAUACACACACACACACACAGCACUCUUCACACACACACACAGCACCCCUCGCACACACACACACACACACACACACACACAGCGCCCCUCACACACACACUGCAUCCCUUACACAUAUCAUUGUUUUUUAUUUCUGGCUGGUGUCGGUCCACAAAAUAUUUCUCAUCUUUUCGCCGGGCUGCAGGUGUUAAAAAGUUGCAGAACACUGGUUUAGUGGAUCUAGGUUUGAUAUAGUUUUAUGACAUCUUUCUGAGGGUACAAUACAUUUUUAUGGUUUCGUUAUGCUCAUUUCUCUUUGGGACAAAAGUAUAUCCAGUAAUAUUUCAUGUAAUCCAUCAUGGUGCAAGAUGUUAUGACGUCAGAAAGCCUGUAUCAGUUUUUGCACAUCGCUUUAGUUAUAAACCACUCUGUUAAAGUAGAAUGGGAGGAGCGUUCUCUUCCAACCAUUUGCUUUGCAAUAAUGGUGCUUGUAAUUUUCAUUUAUAAAGUGCAGUGCUGUACAAAUCGGGAAAAUAUUUAAACGAACACUAUAGAAAUACAAAUGUGUAUUCAUGACACUAUAGUUUUGAAACUGCCAUUUACUUUACCUGCCCCUAAUGUCCCCGGUUAAAAAAGUAAAAACUUACAUUUUUCCAUAGAAAACCACUGGAAGGCUAUUGCACAUGCACAUCAAAACGCCAUGCUGCCUGCGCUAAUCAACAUCUUCUCCUGAAUCAAUGCAUCUCUUAAAGGAACAUUCAGAGUCUCCAUGCACAUUGUGCAACACUGACCCAGGAAGCACCUCUAGUGGCCUUCUGAGUGACUACCACUAGAGCUAUUACAGUAAUAUAAACACUGCAUUUUCUAUGUUCAUGUGAAGAAAUGCCCCUCUUAUACUGUAAAUUGACUCUUUGUAUUCGUUUGUUUAAUAGUAAUGCUCCCUAUGGCAUUCGGUAGGUAAAACUACCGAAUCCAGACCACCCUGUUGCCCAUUAUACAGACUAUACCUCCUUGCUGGCUGGAUUACGUUCGACAGAAGUCCUGCAUGAACGGCAUGUCUCGCCGCCAUUUCGGGACUUCCACGUGUUCGCGGCCAUUUUAGCUCUCGAACAGCAGUGUUUGCCGUUGAGUGUCUGGAACUGAAAACGGACACUCAAACAGGCGAACACCGCUGAAGCCUCCAGACCUUCGGUAGACCCCCUUCCAAACUACCGAACGACCAGGCGUUCGGUAGAAAGACUUACUAACGGAUGGGGAAUCAAGCGAACAAGGAUGGUAGCUGGAUGGCCGGCCAUUCGGGAGGUUUUUCAUGCGACCUAAGACCGACUGCAGGGCCAGAAUUCAUGGAACUGUUUUCGGCUACUUUGCCCGUGCAGUCAGUCAAAACUUCUAAGUCCCAUAUCUCCCGAACGGCUGAACCGAAUGAACUGAGUUUUUUAUAUGUUGGUCCCCCAGAGAACAGCUAUCUGUUGGUACAUCCUUGGGGUACAUCCAAACUUUGGGGAAUUUCUGUUACGUUUUAAUUGUGUUUAAUGGUUAUCUGAGGGGAGGAGAUGUACAGUAUGUAUAUUGUUAGGAUUGGAUGUAUGGCUAAUUAUAUGGGAGGCUCCCUUGCAUGGGCAGAAUUGCAUAAAAAGAGCAUGCCUGUCAUUAAACCUUCAGUUCAUCUUUGUACCCUUCUUCUGACUACGUAUGCUGUUUGGGAGUUCGUGUGUUUUGCUGUGGGAAUUAUCCAGGAACACUAUUGGAAUUACAAUUGGGAAUUCAUCUACCAUAACCACCGGACGGAGGGCUAUAUUCACUGGGCUCUGGCUGUUCGGGAGGAAACUACCGAUUAAGGUUUAAAUGCACUUGGUUUCCUUACAGUUCACAUUCAAAAUCCUGCAGGGACAGGCAGUAGAUUUCAGAAAAACUACAUAUAGCUGUAGUUAUGUUGGUGACUUUAAUGUCUCUUUAAUAGUGAGUAGUGGUGAUUUGACAAUCAGUUUUCAAAUAGUGGCCAAAAUAGCUCAGUUGUUGAAGUUUUCCAGUUCUGCUGUUUGAACUUCUAGAAUUUGGUUUUCAAUUCACAAAAAUUUGCUGUUUAGAUAAUAAACAGUGGGGUGUAUAGUAACACAGACAUACCGUACAUAACAAAAACAAAUGACAAUACACACUAUUUAAACAGCUGUAAACAGAACUGAUCCUUUGCACACCAAACAGUAGAUAUACGUGCAAACAAAAUACCACGUGGAAGAAGGCUCUGGAGAAAAAUUAAAUGACAUACUUAUUAUUAUAGCCUCCUAUUUCAGUAAGAUUAGUGUAGGGAGUGUUUAUAAUAUGACAGAAUCUGAGAGCUGCUGAAAUUCUAACAGUGACAUCAUAUAAAAAUCUAUUUAACUUUUCAAUAUGUCCCCUCCGUAUUGUUAAGAUGUAAAGCGAGAGUUGAAUGUUCGACUACCACUGGCCAUAAAACAAUAUGAACAGGAUCAUUAACUGGUAGAUCCAGCCCAAGCUGCUCAUAGAGAGUACAUAGAACUGUAAUUUCCUAUUCAAACAACUCAAGUCUUAAAAUCAGAUUCUCAUCUUGGCUGUACUUAGAAGUAUUAUAUCUUAUUGCUUUCUGGACUCACCAAUAAAAUCCAUUAUAGGACACGUAUACCACAACACAGAGAGAGAGAGACUUCAGAAAUACCUAUUUUUGUUUUCUCAGACAGGAAAAUCUAUAAAACUCAAUGAAGUCAAAAGAAAAGUUUAAACACUGCAGCCCUGGAAGCAAACGGCUAGCGAGAGCAGCUAAUGUAGAAACACAACUGAAUAAAGGAAGCAACAAAAACACCUUCAGAAUAUUGAUUAGGGGAGGUUGGCAACUCCAAAUACAAGAAGACGUGGAGAGUGAGGCCUAUUUAUACUUUGUGGCAAAAGUGCAGAUUCCGUAUUAGCUUCUAUUCGUUAUUUACUCUUCUUGCAAGGAGGUCCUGAAUAGGUAUUUAAAAUGACAUUUAACAUUCAUUUUAACACUUGAAUCAAAAGUUAAGAUAAAAAGGCAGUGCUAGUGAUAUCAACCAAGCAUGUAUCUUUGCAGACCCAUGGAAAGGCAACCUACGGCAGCCAGUUGUUAUUAACUCCAUCUCCCCGGAUGCUUUGCCAGCAAUGUGGCUGCAACAGCUAUAUGGGGGGUGUAGUCCACAACAGCUUCAGCGCUGAAGGUUGCCUACCUAUAUACACUGUUGCCAUCUGAGGGACCACCUUUCAGUGAUGGACAAUGGUGGCAGCUAUCGAGGAACCAACAGCAGUGGAACAGCCUCUGGAUUUUUACAGUACCCCCUUUUCUUGAUUUUAUAUAAAACUGUUUCACUGCUGGGAAGCUACGGCAUAAAUGAAUGUUGGGUGCCAGGGCAACCUUUGUACUUUAUAUAUUAAAGGAACACUAUAGUCACCUAAAUUACUUUAGCUAAAUAAAGCAGUUUUAGUGUAUAGAUCAUUCCCCUGCAAUUUCACUGCUCAAUUCACUGUCAUUUAGGAGUUAAGUCACUUUGUUUCUGUUUAUGCAGCCGUAGCCACACCUCCCCUGGCUAUGACUGACAGAGCCUGCAUGAAAAAAAAACUGGUUUCACUUUCAAACAGAUGUAGCCCCAUGUAGCCAAAGCGCAGCUAAGCGAAAAAAGGCCUUGACAGGGGUUAGGAGGCGGGCAUAGGAGGAGGGAAGGAAGUAUGGGGUUAUGGGUAAGUAGGCUUGGCUAUUUAAAUAGGCAGCCAUUUUAAAGCCUUCACUUUUAAUUACUACCUUGCUGAGUUUGUGUGCACUCCUGUGUCCACAGAUUUGGUUUGGUGGGGUCUUUGUUUUUUCUCUCCUUCUGCAGGGUCGAAGGAUAACAUGGAGGAGCUGUUGGAGCGGAUCCGGUUGGCGGCUCAAGGACGUGGCGUGGACUGGCUGCGGGCGCAACUUGGACCGGCCCUGGCGGGUGCUGCGGAUCAUGAGGGCGGCGGAGGUCGGCCUGUGCGGGCUCGGAGGCCGCCGAGACGGCUGAGCCCAGGCGCGGAGUCCGGUGGAGACGGUUCCAGCGGCCAGGCAGCGGCGGGACCAGGCCGAAAAGGACCCGGUAGCCGCAUGGUUGAGGCUCCGCCUCCCGGCGCGUUACCGGGACGUCAGAGAAGCGGUAGCCGGCGGGAGGCUACCCGGGAGUCGGACGGUGCGGCUCCCAGUGCGGGGAGGGCUGCGCCUGGAGCGGGGGCCGCGGAGGACAUCGGGCGGCCCCCUGGAACCGGAGAUGACGCAGGAUUGCAGCCCGGGAGGGCGUCUUCUACACCCGUGGCGGGGACUGGCGGGGCCGGUGCGGGAGGAGCUCACGGACCGCCCCUGGAACAGGCAAGUGCAGGGGGUUCCGGCCGGGACCCCCUUGGCGCGAAUCAGCGCAGGAGGACUGGGCACAGGGUUCAGAGACCUGGGGGGGACAUGGAGAGGGGUCAGGUGCCUUCUAGAGCGGGGGCAGAGAGGUCUAGGGGGGAGGGUGCGCAGGGUAGUUCCAGGGUAGUGAGCAUGGAGCGAGGGCCUGUAGCCGGGAGGGUGGAAGGGCCAGGGGGUACGGCAGGGGGAAGUUUGCCAUCGGGUGGGGGCAGGAGGUCGAGGUGCGCAGGGCGUUCAGGACAGGUUAGGGGUGCGGGGUCUGGGGACGGUCUAGAGGUACCGAGGGGAGGGGGUUCUUCUAGCCGGGGGGCCCGCCGGGGUGGGGGGUGGGGAUUUCCCUGCGCUGGUGAGCGGAUAGGUGGGCGUAGUUCUGGGGGGGGUUCAGGUUUGGGGUCUGGUGAUAGCAGCCCGUCACCGGUUAGGGCCCGGGGGUCCGGGGGGGUUAAGGGAAGGGCUCGGCGUGUUAGGUCCUCAUCUAGUAGCUCAGGGGGGGAGAGUGUCAUGGCCCCCAGGCUGGUUACACGGGGGCGGGCCUCUGGUAGAAACGGGAGGAGUCGUAGUCCCAGAGGCAGGGCCGAUCGGGCCUUGGGUGGGCGAAAAGGAGUGGUUGCGCGACGGGAGGCUCUGGUGUCCAGCGGGCGCUCUCAAGGUCGGGACGGGGGGGCUGCUCAUGACCAGUAUGCUCUGCCCAGGACUUCUUCUCCUCGUUACAGAUCUCGGAGCCGCUCCGCCUCUGAUGUGGCCGGGCACCGGGUUGGCUCCCCGGUUGGAGGAUCGUUAACGGAUGUCGCUCAUCCUGGUCAGGGGACAGUACACAACGCAGCCCCAGGAGCUUCGGGGUCGAGGGGCUUGGCCGGUGAGUCCUCUGCUUCUCUGCACUCCAGUGCAUUGGUUCAUACACUUCAAGCACUUCUCCACUCACUGGGAGCGGGGGGUGCCACAAAGGGCGGUGUGGGUCAGGUUUGGGCUCAGGGGGCCGGGGUGGCGGGCCCGAGCGAGGUUCCCUCCGCGGAACAGAGUUCGGGUGGGGACACUGCAGUGACGGUUACUGGGGCGGAGGCGACGAGCGAGCGGGCUGAGUUGACGGGGGGGGUGGUUCCUGAUGCGGCCAGGCAACACGCAUAUGUGUCGUUUGCGGGUCCGCUGGGGGUCCACCUCAAACAGGAGGUGAAGGAAAAAAUCUGGAAGGGUGACUUCUGCGAGAUCUUUUCUCUUCUCCCUUUGGAGGAUUUUAUUGACCUCAAAGAGGAUGAUAAAAAAGAUGAGAAGAAGGAGGAGGAAGAGAAGAAGAAGCGGUAUCGUAAGAUUCCCAAGUCUUUCGGUAACUGGCUGAGGGCCUUUUGCGUGUUGGCCAGUGUUCUGGGCGAGAAAUCGCCGGGCCUGUGCUCCUCUCUGUUUUGUUAUUUGGAUGGCAUUUGGGAGGCGUAUCGCACCUAUGGCGGACUGGCAUGGUGGCGGUACGACGAGCAAUUCCGGCAGCGUUUGGCGGCUAAUCCGGGUAUGCGGUGGGAUCAAAUGGACCUGCCUCUCUGGAUGAAGCUGAUGAUGGCGCAAAAAGCGCAGCCAUUUCAGCCCACGGCCGGCGCAAAGGGGCAGUCCGCCUCGUCGGCCGCCAUGCAAAAGGGCUUCUGCUGGCUCUUUAACGAGGGCCAGUGCAAAUGGGGAAACGCCUGUCGCUUUAAGCACGAGUGUUCGGGCUGCGGUGGCGCGCAUGGGCUCAACCGGUGCUUCAAAAAAGGGAAGUCAGGGCACACCGGGGUCCCUACCUCGGCUGGGGGGGGAGGGGGAGUUUCGCUUGCCCCGGGGCCUAACCCCGGUGAGGCUAGACGCGAUGGAGCCGUGGCUAAGCCGCUACGGUAAUAAGGCAGAUGCCGUGGCGCUCCGGGCGGGGUUUGGUCAGGGGUUCUUUAUCCCUUUCCGGAACCGGGGGGGGACUGGGGUUCGGCGCAACCUUAAAUCGGUGGCUGAGUUCCCGGGUGUGGUGCGGGAAAAACUGGGCAAGGAAGUCAAAUUGGGGAGGAUGGCAGGGCCGUUCCCGGCUCCUCCAUUGGAGGGUCUGCGGGUUUCCCCGCUCGGGGUGGUUCCCAAGAAGGAACCGGGCAAAUUCAGGCUCAUUCACCACCUCUCCUACCCGGAAGGAGAGUCGGUGAAUGAUGAUAUUGACAAGGACUUGUGCUCGGUCUCAUACGCAUCAUUUGACAGGGCGGUCGAGCUGGUAAGGAGGGCCGGGCGCGGGGCACUGUUGGCUAAGGUGGAUAUUGAAGCAGCGUUUCGGCUGCUUCCGGUCCACCCAGCGUGUCAUCACUUGCUGGGGUGUUUCUUCGACGGGGAGUACUUUGUGGAUUUGUGCCUUCCAAUGGGUUGUGCUAUCUCCUGCGCCUACUUUGAGAAGUUUAGUAAAUUUCUUGAAUGGGUGGUCAAGGUUGAGGCGGGGAGUGGGGCUGUGGUACACUACCUGGACGAUUUUCUCUGCGUAGGACCGGCGGGCUCCCCCGCCUGCCUACACUUGCUGAGAACGGUCGAGUGGGUGGCUGGCCAUUUCGGGGUCCCGCUGGCGGCGGACAAGACAGAAGGGCCGGCUCAGUGCCUUAGUUUUCUGGGGCUGGAGAUAGAUACGUUGCAAGGGGAGUGUCGGCUGCCGUUGGAGAAGUUGCGGCGGCUGAGGGAGGAGGUGACGACGGCGGCUCAAGCCCGUAAGGUUACAUUGCGGCAGCUGCAGUCGUUGAUCGGGAUGCUGAAAUUUGCAUGCCGGGUGAUCCCAAUGGGUAGGGUGUUCAGCCGGAGCCUGUCGGCAGCGACGGCGGGGGUGCGAUCCCCGCGUCACUUCAUUCGGGUGUCGUCGGCCAUGAGGGCCGACUUGGCCGUAUGGGAGACCUUUUUGCGGGAGUUCAAUGGGACGGUGAUUUUUAGACAGGAGGGCGUGUCGGCUGCGGAACUGGAGCUGUUCACUGACGCGUCUGGUAGCGUGGGCUUCGGGGCUUAUUUUGGGGGACGGUGGUGUGCGGAGCGAUGGCCGGGGGAGUGGCGACUGAGCCCCCUCAUGCGGAACUUGGCUUUCUUGGAGCUGUUCCCGCUGGUCGUUGCAUUGGCCCUGUGGGGGGAUAGGCUGCGGGACCGGAAGGUGGUCUUUUUCUCGGACAAUAUGGCCGUGGUGCACGCUGUGAAUAACCAAUCAGCGGCAUCGAAACCCGUGGUUAGGUUGCUACGUCAUUUUGUUCUGUUGUGCAUGUCACUAAAUGUUGUUUUUCGUGCACGCCAUGUGCCUGGGUUCAUGAAUGAUGUAGCUGACGCCCUGUCUCGUUUUCAGUGGUCACGAUUCCGGACGGUGGCGCCGGAAGCCCAAGAAGUGGGGCAGGCUUGCCCAGACGAGAUUUGGCGGCUCGGGGCGACCUGCUUGGGGGACUGGUGAAGGCUUCGCUGGCGCCGGCCACAUGGGCCGCUUACAGUAAGGUCUGGGACUCCUGGGAAAGGUCAUGGGAAGGGUUGGACCGCCUGCCGGCGGGGGAAUCGCUCAAGGAUGCGUUCCUCUGGUACACCUGUCAAUUUCUGGCGAAAGGGGUAUCCCCGGCGGUGGUUGACAGGUCCAUGGCGGCGAUGGCUUUCUGGUUCAAGCUACAUGGGGAAGAGGAUCUUACUAAGGCCUUUGUCAUAAGGCAGGCACUGAAGGGGUACCGGCGGGGCCGCAGGCGGCCUGACACUCGGCGCCCAAUAUCGGUGCGAGUGUUGAGUGACCUGGUCGGUUUAUUGCCUACUAUAUGUUUCGACAGGUUCGAAGCAUCGUUGUUUCAGGCGGCGUUUCUGUUGGCCUUCUUUGGAGCCUUUCGGGUAGGGGAGUUGGUCAGUGCCACGAGGACUGCGGCAGGGGGGGUACAGGUGUCGGGGGUCCGAGUGCUGGAAGGGAAGGUGGUUGUACACCUGGCAAAAUCCAAGACGGACAUGUUAGGCAAGGGCCGAGAUGUGACGCUGCGGGCCCUGCCGGGCUCCGCUUUGUGCCCAGUGGCCGCAGUGGCGGGGUACAUGGCACGGAGGCCGGGGGUUGGAGGAUCGCUGCUGGUACACGCGGACGGGUCUUCCCUCUCCCGGUUCCAGUUCACCAAGGUUUUUCGGUCUGGACUGGGAAAGCUAGGACUGAGGGUGGAUACUUUUGGUACACACUCCUUUCGUAUUGGGGCGGCUACGGAGGCAGCUCGGUUGGGUCUGGGGGAUGACAUAGUGAAACGGAUUGGGAGAUGGGAGUCGGUACGGUUCCGUUCAUAUGUGCGCUUGGGUUUAUUGGAGUAGUAUGGUGAAGGGCCUUUGGGGGUAUCCCCGGGGGCUGGGUGCAUAAGGGGCUGUUAUGAUCUGUUUUCCUUCUCUCCCCCCAGGCCGUGUCGCAUGGAUCGUGGGCCAUUCAUUUGUCUUCUGGGCCGAAAGGAGGGCUGCAGCUCGAGCUCAGGGCCACCAGCUGGGCUUUCAUCGGGACCAGUUGGCAGUACAAUGGUUCGGGUACAGGGGUUUUUGUUGGGGGGAGGUCUGCGGACGGGUGUUCCGGAUGGUAGCAGGCGGGCAACGGCCGGACCUGCUGGUGCUCCAUGCGGGGGGCAACGACUUGGGCCUCACUCCGCAGCGGCGGCUGGUGAAGUGGAUGAAGCAGGACCUUAACAGUUUAAGGGACCUACUUCCGGGGGUGAUGUUGGUCUGGUCGGAGAUUAUCCCUAGGAAGCGGUGGCGGCAUGCUAGGGACCCGGAGGCUAUUGACAGAUGUAGGAAGAAAGUGAAUAGCUUGAUGGCAAGCUUCGUGCGGAAGCUAGGGGGUGUGGUAGUUCGACACAGCGAGUUGGAAGGUGGUUUGCCGGGGUACUACCGCUCGGAUGGAGUCCAUCUCUCGGCAGUUGGUUGGGAUCUGUUGACCCUGGGCUGGCAGGAUGGCAUAACUAAGGCUCUUUUUCUUCGGGGUGGCGGAGCUCAGACAGCUUAAGGAGUCAAGGUCUGAGCUUGUGGCGGGAUAGGGAGCUGAAGGAGAAGAAAUAGGCUCCCUAGGAUGAACGUCAUGGAGACGUAAAACUGUGGUCAUUGGUGGUUGGUAGGUUCCGAGUCCUGUCGGUGGCUCAGAAUCUGGUGGGGCAGGGGUAUCCGGGUAUACCCCUGCCAUGGUUAAUUUAUGUUUGGCACUUUAAGUUGGUAUGUUGGAAUAUGUUGAUACGUAUGUUAUAUGUAUAUGUAUAUAUGUUAUUUAUAUGGGGGUCAUUGCCUGUUAUAUUAACAGAAGGAUUCGGUUAUGAGGGCGGAGUAUGGGGGCAAUGACCCAUGUUUAUUGUUAAAAUUAUUAUUGCUUAAUAAAUUAUUAUUAUUCAAGAUUGUUUAAAUAAAGCUGUGGACAAAUUUUCCCAUAUACCUUUGUGUCAGUGAGUUAUUGGGUUAGGUAUGUGGGAGGGUUGUCCUGGAGUCCGACUGCCCAUAUGGCGACUAUACACCGGUCAUGUAGCCCCAUGUAGCCAAAGCGCAGCUAAGCGAAAAAAGGCCUUGACAGGGGUUAGGAGGCGGGCAUAGGAGGAGGGAAGGAAGUAUGGGGUUAUGGGUAAGUAGGCUUGGCUAUUUAAAUAGGCAGCCAUUUUAAAGCCUUCACUUUUAAUUACUACCUUGCUGAGUUUGUCCCGCCCACCCUCCCUGUAUUUGGUUUGGACUUGGGUUAUCCCGUUUUUUCACAGCGGCGGGAUAGGGAGCUGAAGGAGAAGAAAUAGGCUCCCUAGGAUGAACGUCAUGGAGACGUAAAACUGUGGUCAUUGGUGGUUGGUAGGUUCCGAGUCCUGUCGGUGGCUCAGAAUCUGGUGGGGCAGGGGUAUCCGGGUAUACCCCUGCCAUGGUUAAUUUAUGUUUGGCACUUUAAGUUGGUAUGUUGGAAUAUGUUGAUACGUAUGUUAUAUGUAUAUGUGUUAUUUAUAUGGGGGUCAUUGCCUGUUAUAUUAACAGAAGGAUUCGGUUAUGAGGGCGGAGUAUGGGGGCAAUGACCCAUGUUUAUUGUUAAAAUUAUUAUUGCUUAAUAAAUUAUUAUUAUUCAAGAUUGUUUAAAUAAAGCUGUGGACAAAUUUUCCCAUAUACCUUUGUGUCAGUGAGUUAUUGGGUUAGGUAUGUGGGAGGGUUGUCCUGGAGUCCGACUGCCCAUAUGGCGACUAUACACCGGUCAUGUAAUUUACCUUAAAUAAUUGUAUCUCAAUCUCUAAAUCGAACUUUAAUCACAUACAGGAGGCUCUUGCAGGGUCUAGCAAGCUAUUAACAUAGCAGGGGAUAAGAAAAUCUUAAUUAAACAGAACUUGCAAUAAAAAAAGCCUAAAUAGGGCUCUCUUUACAGGAAGUGUUUAUGGAAGGCUGUGCAAGUCACGUGCAGGGAGGUGUGACUAGGGUUCAUAAACAAAGGGAUUUAACUCUUAAAUGGCAGAGGAUUGAGCAGUCAGGCUGCAGGGGCAUGUUCUAUACACCAAAACUGCUUCAUUAAGCUAAAUUUGUUCAGGUGACUAUAGUGUCCCUUUAAUGUAUGAUAUACAUUAAGCUGUUCUAUACACCAAAACUGCUUCAUUAAGCUAAAUUUGUUCAGGUCCCUAUAAUAAAUAUAUUAUUAAAUGAAUGGACACUCCAAAGUUAUAAAAAAAAUGUAUAUAUAUUUUGGAGUGUUCCUUUGUUAGUUUUCUAUAAAAAAAUAAGUUACAUCUAAGCUAGUGGUGAGAUUACCUUCUCACUGCAACUGCACUCUGCCCGCAGUAGAUAAUCUUCCAGGCCAGACCAGUGCUUUUCAAAGAGAACAAUUCGGACACUAAAUGUAUGCAUUAGAACAAUGUAAAUUAGGGCACACCUGUUAGUUUCUUCAGUAGGCAGUUUUAUUAUAAAGCGCAGAACAAAAACAAUGUUUCGGCUUCUUGGAGGCUAUGGCAAGUCAAGACUAGACUUGACAAAGGUUCAAAGGUGCUGAAGCUUUGUCUUUGUUCUGCACUUUAUAAUAAAGCUGCCUAGUGAAGAAACCACCAGUCGUGCCAUUAACUACAUUGUUUGACUGAAUCUUUCUUGGGUUUCUGGCCCCGCCUCUCUGAGGCUCCCUGAUGGGAGUACUCCCCGGAUAGUGUGCAUAUCCUCUCUACCUUUGCAUGGCAGUCACUGGGAAUCACUAAUAUAAUACUUCUCAUAGAAAUGCAUUCAAACUAAUGCAGACUCUUAAAAGUGGCACUGUCAUUGUCUGGGGUGAAUUGACAUUGCCGCUGGCGGUUUUGUGGAUGGAGUGGGCAGGCAAAGGUUAGUUCUACUUACCUGAACCUGUUAGUUGUGCUUCCGUUGACAGGAGAUGGUGUUACUGUGUACUCCCAUGUGCAUGCACGGGAGUACAUCAGAGAAGUCUACACCCUGUUCCAAAUUAGUUUGCAAAUUAUAUUUUUCUAAUUUACCUAAAUAAUUGAUGUAAAUAACAGUCAGCAUAAUUCUCAUGUUAUCAACUAUUAAGAGUACAAUUCAAAUUUUAUUGAACAAACCUCCUAAUGAUAACAGUAUUUUUUAAAACAUAAAAACUUACAAUGCACUGUUCCAAAUUAUUACGCACAGUAAGUUUCAAAACACUUUAUAGGUUGUAAAGAACUGAAAAUUGUCAUUUGUUGUGUUUGCAGCAUAUUUACUGAAAUCAAAAGCUAUUUCUAUCAAACUUAUAACAACAUUUUAGCAGCCAUUGAUGAAGAGGUAUUCUUUGCAGCAUGAGAUGGUGCAUUGUCAUGCAUGAAGAUGAUUUUAUUACGUAAAGCAUAGUUCUUCCUUCUGUACCAGGGAAGAAAGUGGUCAGUCAGAAACUCCACAUACUUUGCAGAGGUCAUCUUUACACCUUCGGGGAUCCUAAAGGGGCCGACCAGCUCUCUUCCCAUGAUUCCGGCCCAAAACAUGACUCCACCACUGCCUUGCUGACACCGCAGCCUUGUUGGAACAGGGUGGCCAUCCACCAACCAUCCCCUACUACAUCCAUCUGGACCAUCUAGGGUUGCACGGUACUCUUUAGUGAACAGGACUGUUAGAAAUUUAGUCUUCAUGUAUUUUUCUGCCCAAUGUUUCUGCUUGUGAGCAUUGGUUAGUGGUGGCCGAAUAGAAGGUUUAUGCACAGUUGCAAGACUCUGGAGGACUAUACACCAUGAUGUCCGUGGGACUCCAGAGGCACCAGCAGCUUCAAAUAUCUGUUUGCUGCUAUGUAAUGGUAUUUUAGCAGCUGCUCUCUUGAUCCGAUGCAUGGAUCUGACAGAAAUCUUCCUCAAUGUGCCUUUAUCUGCACGAACCCGUCUGUGCUCUGAAUCAGCCACAAAUCUCUUAAUAGUGCGAUGAUCACGCUUAAGUUUUUGUGAUAUAUCUAAUGUUUUAAUACCUCAUCCAAGGCAUUGAACUAUUUCACUCUUUUCGGCAGCAGAGAGAUCCUUUUUCUUCCCCAUAUUGCAUGAAAAUGGUGCUCUGCUUAAUAAUGUGGAACACCCUCCUUUAGUAGUUUUUCCUUAAAUUGGGCUCACCUGGCAAUCUAAUUAUCACAGGUGUCUGAGAUUGUUUUCAGUGAUUAAAAGAACCCUGAGACACAAUGCCAUCCAUGAGUUAAACUGAAAAACAGAACAUGUAAUCUUUGUGACACUUAAAUAGAAUUUGCAUAAUAAUUUGGAACAGGGUGUAUAGAGGAUCCCAUGAAAUCACAGGAUCCACCAUAGAUAGAGCCAAUUCCCAUGCAGUCUGGUGAUGGCUGCUUUGAUUGACACUUCGACAGAGUAGCUCAAUCCAGUGGCAAGAAAUGUUAAGCGUAGGAAAAAUAAUAAGAUAUCUCUUGACAGUUUUUCCAGUGACAUUUUAGUGAAAUUCCAACACAGCCAAUAUGAGUAUCUUAGAAGUAUUCUAUCUUUUUGCAGCGGGAUGAGUGACAGUACCAUUUAAUCCUCUAAAGCAGCUGUAACGGAUUGCCUGGCACCCCGACUGGGUGCCUCCGUUGACGGAUGCUCUAGUGCUUCUCGAGGGCUCCAAGCACUCCACUAGAUGCCAUAACCACCGCAGACCCCACGAACUGCUGCAGCUUUGUUGUGGUCUCGCCGUCUUCCACCCACUCUGGACCCAAGACCUCUUUUAGUUCAGAGAGCAGGAACAGGAACAGCUCUUACAAGAGCUAGUGAUUAUACUCUGGGGAGUGUAGUGAUUAUAGCAAUCCCCAGAGUGUAGGUACCGGUAGUUCUCCAAUCCCCCAAACAUGAGCCAAGACUUCAUGAAGGGUAGAACGGUACAGGUUUGCUUAUAUACAAUUCCACAGGCCAGAGGCACACCCCCCGAUGGAACACAGGCACACAAAGGACACAAACCAAUCAGAACAAUACAACAAUGUCCAACACUCCCACUUACAGCACACAAUCCCUCCCCUCUGCCUGUGAUACAAUUAACAAAGACAAUGGGCUAACUCAAUUAACUCUAAACAGAAAAAAAAAACAUAAUUUUUUACAAACCCCACAAAGUACCCCAAAAUACAGCAUAUCCCCUGAAAACAUAUCCAAAAAUAUCCAGAUCGGUUCAGGGGUUCAGGAAUUUCCUGGAAGUCUUAUUUUUGCCCCACCGUGCACCGUGGUCCCAUGCCCAAAACAGUUCCAUACACUCGACGACAAAACACCGCUGGACAAUUUAAGAUGGCCGCAGCCACAUGUUUGAAUCUAUUCCAGUUAAAAGUCCAAGGGGCAGAAACAGUACUUUUGAACAUUGGUUAUCACAGGGCCCAUAGUCCCAGGGUAGGAGGCUGGCACACAGGCCCCUAAAAAAACCAGUGGUGAAGUGGAUUUCGUCACAGCAGCAUUUAAGGAUUUGGAGUAUUCCUUUAAGUUGUGAUUCUCUUAAAGAAGCCAAAGAAUAUUAAAAAAAGUUUAGUAGUGUUUUAACCACUAGUUUAGUAGCUUUAUACAUUGUUAGCUAUUGUUCUAAAUAUAAUAAGAUGCUCUAAACAAUUGUUCAAAAUCUAAACAAAUAAUAUAUGCCUGAAGAAAUAGACCUAGUAAAAGUAUAUCUGUAAUUCUUCAUAGUCCCACACUAUUGCAAAGAAAACUAAACCGUCCAAAAAAGGUCAUAACUCAUUGUUAUGGAGCUCUGGCCUUUUUGUCUUAUCUAUUACAUAUUAAAUUCCAUGAAGGACUUAGAAUGCGAUAGGAAGCCAUCGGCAGACUGCAUACUGAAAGCUAGGAUGGCAGAGGUGACAUUGUUAGACUGUAGAAACAAAUAAAAAUGAAUAAAGUUCUACUGACCAAGGGAGUUUUUUUAGCCUUUGAUAAAGUGUUAGCAAGCAUGAAACACAUCAGACUGCCAUUCCCUUUUCCGUGCUCCCUCUGAUCCUCAGAGUUAACUAUUAGAAGACAUUUAUAAUUUUUCAAAAAUUUGCGAGCUUUUGGCUUCACCUUGAGGUUAGACGGCUCAUUUGAUUAACGAGCUAUUAGAAUUAUUGUAUUAAUACUAUAAUAUACAGAAAUUAUUGCUGUAUAAGACAUUUUUGCAACAUCUCUCCUUGAUCACUUAUGUUUUCUCCAAUCACAGAAGGUAAAGGGGGGUUUAAGUGGCACUUUAAAAACUUUAAAUAGGUACAAUGUUUGUAGUCACUUUUUACAGUAUGUAAUUGGUGGCAAAGGAGAAUGGUUUAUUGGUGCAAUUAGCUGUGGCCUAAACUGAGAAGAUAAAGGAUCUAAAUAUUGAGGAUGUAAAGGAUAAUAAAUGGGUCUCUCUCCAGAAUCUCUGGAUGAAUUGUACAUUUAAUACAUGUGUAUUAAAUUUGGCCUAACACUUUUCCCACAUCUACUUGUCAUAUAAUUUUUUUGCUGUAUAUGUAAAAAAAACUAGUAUAUGGUUUCUUGUGUUUUUUUUUUUUAAAUAAAACCUAGUUUACCAAUUUCAUAGUAUUCCUCAGUAUAUGGAACAGUGGCAUUCUCAGCUCUUGUUAUAAGGAAUACCAGGGAUAAAACACCCCUACCUAAAUCACAGCACCUGGAGAUUGAUAUUUACUAUGAUGUGCUCACACUCCAUAUAUUAAGUAUUAACUUUGUUAUUAAAAAGAGAUCACAGCCUUUUGUAUUGUGUCUGUGAUAUGAUUAAAUCAGCAUAAUUAUGUUAGCUUAAAAGGCUAAAGAGUAGAGCAUUCUAGAGUAGUAAUCCGGCAGCCAGUUUUGUACGGAAUAUGUACAUUGCUGAAACUAUGGUUAACUGAAGAUUGGCUUUAGUAACUUCCUGGUUUAAUGGGAGCUCACUGCAGAAGCUGCAAAGUAAAGAAACUUUAUUGACUACUUAAAGCAGCACGGUCAUGCAAACGUCCCUUCACGCUAUUGUUUCCUCUUCUCUUCCCCUCUCAGAAUCUGUUCUUAGUUUAUUUUUUCUGAUCUUGUUUUUUUAAAAACAUAGGAUAUAGUAGGGACUACUUUGCCUUAUGUAUUUUUCCUACGCUUGACUUUCUUUGACCCAAGGAAGAGUUUGUCAGCUCCAUUUCCUGUAGUCAAAGAAAAAAGGGGCUGACUUAGGUUCCUCCUUUGGUCCAAGAAAGUCAAGCGUAGGAAAAAUACAUAAGGUUUUAAAGAAAACUAGAUCAGAAAUAAAAAAAAUAGAAAAACAGAUUCUGACAAGAGGAAGAGAAGAGGAAAACAAUUGGAGAAAGGUAAAUUCGGAGUGACAGUGCCACUUUAAUUAGUCCUUCAUCUAAAUACUAUGAAGUCAUGAGAUGAACCUUGUAUUUAACAGCAUAUACUCUGAGAAGUACCAUUGUUGUUCCACUGAGUAAAGUAAGCACAUUCUCUAUGAAUAUAGAGUUAUCAGCUGCAAGUUUUAUUAACGUUUAUGAAACCAAAAACCACUUUUUUUCUCGCCUUAAAAACAUCUGCACAUCUAUCCGUAACGUUCUUUUAAAAUGUAUCAAAAGUAUUUUUUAAAAGCACAUCUUAUACAUCUCCCUAAUGCAUAGCAAUAAAAUAAAUGCAUGUAUAUAAAAAUGUCAAGAAUCCACAAAAAUAAUAAUAAUAAUAUCGCUUUCAAGUUUUUAAUUAUUAUAGCUUUGAAAUGUGUCAUUUUAUAGUAAUGUAUAAGACAAUUUCACCCAUUUGGGAUGUAUUUUGUUUUAUUACUAUUAUUUUUUUCUGCUCUCUUUUCAUCGCUGGAUUUACUGGACGUUUUAAAAUGUGAUUUAGUUGCAACACAAAUUGUCCAUUAAGGCAUUUUCUUGCUUUAUCCCCAUUUGUAAAAUCAAAAUUGUUGGACUGCCAUUAGGCAUUUCAGAGCUACGAGAGUUCUGUGGGAGUAAUUGUGUCUUAAUCCUGCUGCACAAGUGUCAUUAGGGGAUAAAAGGUUUGAUUCAAACAUCUGCUUAGUGCAUCAUUUACAGUGAAUAACUGUUGAUGAGCUUUUACUGAGCAUUUACGUGGGAGCUGACCAUGGUCCUUACAGUGAUGUUGGUCUGGGGACUGAUUUUGUUUUUCUGACAAAGGCCAAGGCAUGUUAAUAUUUAUUAAGGUUUAAAAGCACGCAUUAGCCUUUCACAUUUGUGUUAACAGCUACACUAACAUAUAUGUGAUAUAUAUAGUAUAUUAUUUUUCUAUUGUUUCUUAUAAGGCUUCCAGCCUCUACUAUCGUAAAUAAAAUAAUGCGUUUACUGACAACUAGAGAUAGGUUCUAGGGAAAUGCAAUUUGUAUAAUAUGAGGUUAUACAAAAAGAUAAGCCCUGCGCUCACUCCCAUCACUACUGGGCCGGCAGCAAUGACUACAGUACAAUAUAUAUAUAGUAAAAACCAAAGAAAAGAAAAAGUUACCUGUGCUCUCUCCUUAAUCCCUAUGUAUAUUUAGACAAAUGGAGGUCAUUUAGUUGCUCCAAUGGCCAUUGGAGGGAAUGCCCACCUGCCAACAUCAAGGCAGACCCCCCCCUAAAGCGGGUCCUACACUGACCCUUCAGCCUGCUUCCUUGAGCUUCUGGCAAAGAUAUAUAAAAAAUACCCCUCUCUGUCUCAUUAGAGAUAUCUUUAUGGCCAUUGGAACAACUAAAUAACCUCCAUUUGUCUAAAUAUACAUAGGGAUUAAGGAGAGAGCGCAGGUAACUUUUUCUUUUCUUUGGUUUUUAUAAUAUGAGAUUAUGUUGCCUUUAGAACACUUCAUUUCUUUCAAGACGUCAAGAGUACUUAUACGACAUCCAGUAAAGCAUAUAGAAUGGUAGGGGUGUCAUGAAACUUAAUAUCUUUGGCUGUAAGUGUCCAAUAAUUCUAACUUUAUCCUAAUUACUGCCUAUGGCUGGAGGCUGUGAGGGAUUCUUGUCAUGUAAAGUAGUUAAAUAUAAUGAAAAAAAAAUAUUAUAGAAUGCUAUAUAGUUAUAUAUAACAUACAGCGUAUAUAUUUUUAUAACAUAACUUCACAUAAUGUUGUAGUAUGGCAUUUACGGUAGGUGAACAUCAUUACAAACAAUAAUAAAAUUAAAUUAAAACAAGUAAAAUACAUAUUAACCCAAGGACUGGAGCAUUUGUACAAGUUCAGAUUAAAACAAAAUGUAAACAAAACCUUGAAUUUGCGCUAUAUAUCUGUUUAACCGUAAUUCACCUCACGCCCACACUUAUUAUAUAUAAUUUUGUUCAGGAGAAACAGGGCUUUCAUGUCACAUGAAAUAUUUAUAUAUUAAACAUAAUUUAAUAUGAAUAAUAUAUAUAUAAAAAAGUGAGAAAUGUAGAAUGUUUUUUGUUUUUUUUUAGUUUUGCACAGCAUUUUAACUGUGAUUGUCAUUACACUGUUAGCUGUUACUGCAAUAAAGUACACGUAUUUGCAUUCAGCAAUGUCCAACGGGUGAAACAGUACUGGUUUACAGUACAGGUUUUAUGGUGUUUUCGUAAAGUUACAGGGUAAAAUAUAGAACGUUACAUUAUUCAGUUUAUAUACGUUGAAAUUUGUCAGACUCGUUAUGUUGCGGUUGAGAAUAUAUGGUAGCCGAGGAAUGAAAAAAAAGUACCCCCAUGAUAGCAUACCAUUUGCAAAAGUAGACAACCAAAGGUACUAUAAAUGGGGGAUGUCCAGUCUUUUUUUGCGUUCAUAUUUUUUUGUGUGUAAAAAAAAAAUGCAAAAAACUAAUCUGAACACUAAUUUUGGCCAGUGUUUGGCUACCAAAAAAGACUGGACAUACACCAUUUGCAAUACAUUUGGUUGUCUACCUUUGCCAUCAUGGGAGUAAUUCUCAUUCCUGGGCUACCAUAUGGUCUCAAAGGCAACAUAACCAAUCUGGCAAAUUUCAAUGUGAAAAAAUGGAAAUGCAAGGCCCGUUGACUUUGUAACAUUUUAAAACACCAUAUAACCUUUACAUGGGGGAUACUGUUAUACUCAGGAGACUUUGUUGAACACAAAUAUUAGUGUUUCAAAACAGUAAAACCUAUCACAACAAUUAUAUCUUCAGUGAAAGUACUGUUUGUGUGUGAAAAAUGCAAAAAAACAGCACUUUCAUUCACAAUAUCAUCAUUGUGAUAUGUUUUACUGUUUUCAAGAAUUCAGAACAAAUAAUAAAUACAAAACUAAUUUUUCUUCCAUGCACAGGUCUGCUCUGUAGAGAGUUAACAUCCUUAAUGAUCUUCCUUACUGUUUCCACUGUUGAAUAUAAAAUCCCACAUUUCUCAAGUUUUAUAAAAUAACCUUGUGUUUCUUGCACUGCUUUGUUGAUAUACAGCUCACUAGAGAGACGUGUCUGCAUUAUAUAUCCUUAUAUGUAGUUUGUGUCUCUUUCUGAAACCUUAUACCAAUUUGUAAGCAUAAUGUAACCAUCCCAGUAUCCCCUAACUGUAUUGCUCACGGUGUUUUCUAAAUUCUGGAAAGUAAUUUGUCUACAAUCAUGAUCAAAAUUGCUCAUUAUAAACAAUGCCCAUAGGUGUUGCUAAAGAGGGCUUUGGGGACUGAAACCCCAUGUGUGGGGGGUCUUUAGCCUGAAAUAAAUUACCUAAAACAUAAAGAAAAAUCACUAGUAUGGUGCUCUGCAAGGCUACUUUGGAAGAGUACCCCCUAGAUGACUACCAGGUGGGGUGCUGGGGAAUAUGCCUUUAAUGAACAUCAUUACCACCAUGCUGUGCAUGAGUAGACAGUGUGGCUCAUUACAUAUGUCCACCUCUCUUUUGGGGCAGGGAUCAUUGAGUUUUGCUUUGUGCUGAAGCUCCAGGUAUUUCUUUAACCUAGCCACCCCCCUAUAGGCUCCCACCAAGGCUGUAUAAAGAGCCAAGCUUCUGUUACUUCUAGGUAGCAAAUACACAUUCUAGCUGACGACACAGAGUAGAGAAAUCUGCAAUUGUCUGCAAUCAUUCCCAUAGCACUCAUACUGAAAUAUCCUCUUGAUGGAAACCAAGCUAGUGUGAAUCAUGAUGUUCUCACUCAAAACACCACAGUUUGUCAAAAGUUCUCCAAUUGUGAUGUAUUUUCUUGCACAAUAUUGUGUCUCCAUAAAGGUAAUGAAUGAUUAAAUUGAAAAGAGCAGGAUUCAGGAAUAGAACCUUUGUGCAUUCCACUUACUUAUUUGGCAUUUAAAACUGUCAGUCAGUAACAGCUCUUGGGUCUCUAUCACAUUAUUCACUAAAUAGUGAUAUGACAAGACAUCAAAAAAAUGACAAACAAGUAACAAUGUUUAGACCUAAAUUCUGUAUUUUUAUAUCAUUUCUCAUCAAUUCACUAUAGUUCACUGUUUAGUGAAAAUGUGGAUUAAUUUUUUUUUUUAUAACCCCACUAUAGAUAUCCGAUGCUUAGAAGUGAAUCACAUCCAUUGCACUAGUUCGUAUUUGAUUUAUUUCGCUUCAAAAGGCACUCACUUAAAGAUAAUUUGACAAGAAAUAUAUUUUACAAAACCAUUUUGAAUGCCACUGAUAAUGUUGUUGCUCGUCAUUUUUUUUUUUUAAUCCUUGCUACACAUUAAAACAUUUUUCCAGUGAAGACUUCAAGCCUACAGGUUAGUAAUAUCUCUUUUUAGAAUUGUUUCCUUUUUAAUAAGGUACCAUCUGUGCUUUACACAAAUCUAUAGGCACAGUGCCAGAGAAGAUGGAAAUCUCUCAAGAAUGGAGGUUUGGAUAAUUUUUGACUAAACUGUGUACGUACCAGUGGGUUUAUACCACCUGGCUCUGAGGUCAUAUAUCAACAUUAAAGUGCUUGUAGCUGUUCCUUCUGUUAUUGAAAAGACAUUUUAUACAAUAUAAUAUAGGGUUUACUCACUAAAAGCAAGCUGGGCAUUUUUUUUCCAAAUUAGUUAUUGUUGACUAUAUUUUGCAAUUAGGAUUUCAGUUUACAAGAAUGUAAUGUUUAGUAAAUCUAACUUGUUGGUAAGCCCUUAACCAAACAUCAGAAAAACUCAGAUACAAUGUUGACAUGUCCGACCGUGCUUUCAAUGUAAAUACUUAACAUACUGGCACAUUGAACAAUCUGUAGCUACCUGAUGCUUUAUCAGGUAUCGUUAACCUUUGUAGUCACCUAGACUGAUAUCUACGGUGUUAGCGUAAUAACCGAAUAACCACCAGGUUCGGCUCAGAGUAAACAGUUCAAUAGUUUAUCUUCAAAAGUUCAGAAAAAGGAUUUUUUUUUUUAAUUAAAGUAGAAAAGAAAGUACAGUUUGUACUCAGUUGAUUAUAUUCCAUAAAAUGGCUGAUAGUAGCAAAAUGGCUGACAGCAAAGAAAUAGGUUCCAAAUGUAGGUUAUCAAUGGUCUCCGCUUUCUGCUUAUUUGUGUUUAGGUAUAUACUCAAUUACCUGUUGUUACCUGGCUUGUAUGACGAAUCCUGCCCUAUGUUUGAGCUAAGGUUGGUUUGUAUUUAGAUUUUUCUGUUCGCUGACUUUAUUUACCUUUGGCCUGUCUAUCUUGCCAUUAAUGUUUCUAUACCUAUGAUCUUGACUUUCAUUUUAUAUUUGUUUCAUGGUAUCAGCGUUCACAGCACACACAGCAACUUAGGCUCAAAUUCUUAAUCUGUGGGUACAUGUUUGGAGAGUGAAGAUCUUGGUCUGAAAUGUCAAGGUGACAUUUCUUUACCCAGCCCUCAGCUUGGAUAAAUACAAGUAGGAUGAUAUAUGGAAAAUGAAGAAUGGAAUCUGACAUAUGAAACAUGAAAUAUGAACAUAUGAGAUGAAAUAUGGCAAAUCGUAUCAGAUUUGGCAAUGCUGCCAUUGGGAUAUAAGAUUAUAUAUUAGAAAAUUGAAUUUUGAUUGGCAUCUGGGAUGUAAGGCUUAUAAGAUGAAAUAUAUGAAAUAUAGAGUGAAAUUUGGCAAUUGGGAUACAUUAUGGCAUAUGAAAUGACAUAUGAAAAAAAACAUACUUGUGAAAAGAGAAUUUGAAAUAUAGAGAGAGUGUGAAUAACAGACGUGUAAAGCAAAAAAUAGCAAAUAAAACUGGAGAGAAUAAACGAGAAAUAAAAAUGGUUAAAUAGACAACCAGAGGGUAAAGAAAGCAUGAAAGAGAGCUGUAUUAGCAUUUGUUUGUAAAUUGGUGCAUGCACCUUACAGCAAAAUGUUAAAUAUAGGCCACAAUAAUAAAAAAAAAAAACUGAAUAAAAAGCAUCAGGAUUUUUUUUCCGGUGUUUUUUUUUGGGGGGGUGGGAGCUCGGGUUAUUUUUUUUAUUUUAGAAGUUCGCCAGAAAUUAUGGAUUUUUAUUUGGCCUUUUUGAGGGCUGAAAAACAAGAAGGUUUUAGAAAAAAAGAAGACAUCUAAUGGUAAGUAUAAUUUUUUUAUUUUUUUUUACAGAUAUUUAGAUUUAUUACUUCCCCCUCACUAUUUUUAGGGUGAGGGGGUAGGUAGUAAUUUAUUUAAAGGGUGGGUGACUGGGGGCCUUGGGACCCCUAGUCACAUUGUGGGGGGUGGGGGGUUUUUACGUAGCCCCCACCCGUCGCCCAUGGGUGUGGGCCAGGGGGAAACAAUAGGUUCCCCCCAAUUGUAAUUUUGGGGUCCCACCCACCGCACAUGGGUGGGGGCCGGGGAGACAAUAGUAUCAUCCCCCGUAUCAUCUUAGGGCCCUCACCCACCGCUCACGGGGAAACAAUAGGUUCCCCCCCUUGUAAUUCUGGGCCCUCACCCGCAGCACAUGGGUGGGGGCUGGAGGGGGAACAAUAGGUCCCCCACCAUUGUCGUUUAGGGACUAUGUCCCCCCCCGCUAGUUAAUAAAUGGGUGGGGGGCUAGUUAAUAGAUGAGGGGGUUCACCACAGUGCUCACUGUUUAGUAGAUAUGCCCCGACUCGCGGCAUAGAGUGAGGGAGGACAUGUGGGGGGUUAGGAAGUGGUGGGGAGCACUCACUAACAGACACACACACACACACUCACUAACAGACACACACACACUCACUAACAGACACACACACUAACAGACACAUACAGUCACACACACACUAACAUGAACACACUCACUUUAUUUUUUAAUUUAACCCCCCCCCAGCCUCCUUACCUUUGGGAAUGCUUGUUGGUGGGGGGGUUCUUCCUUUCCCUGGGGGUCCAGUGGCUGCUGGGCGGUCGGUCGGGCGGCGCUCGUGAGGGAGCACUUUCCUCUGAGCUCUCUGCUCAGCUCCCUCGUGCGCCGCCCGCAGAGUGAUGCCGGCAGCCGGAAUAUGCCAGCUCCCUUGCCAGCACCGCCCGCCCGCCUGCCUGCCUGGACUGUUAGCCGCAAGGCUAACAAGGCAUUUGCCCUGGGCAUUUGGGGGCAGCUUUUUUGGCCGCCCCCUGGAAAAUGCCGCCCAAGGCAAAUGUCUUGUUUGCCUCUCGGCUAAAACGACCCUGGCGUGCAUAAUUCAGACUACAUAUUCCUCUAUAAUAACUGUUUUCACCAAGCUACUCUGAUAAGGCGAUUAACUUUAACAAAAAAUAAAAUGAAGCAGACACUCACGGGAGAAUAUACAAAGUUGUUAUUCAUUGUCUUCUUGCUUCUGUUAACAAAUAUAUACCUCCUUUUCUUCCUUUCUGUAACGCUCACUCAAUGCUUCAAUAAAACAAAGAUUGACAAAAAAAUAAGAGAAGGAUAAAAAUAUUUAAGGCACUCUAACAACUUAAAUGAGAUUAAAUUGUUACAGUGCCUACAGUGUUCCUUUAAUGAUCACCAUCAAGUUGAGAUGGUUGUCAUGAGAAUUCAUUGUUUUUUUCUGAUAUAUCCUGCGGAAAGGCAGACUACGUGACUCCUUUAAAACUUGUCAUUUCACGGAGGCCUAUGGGUGGCUCCGUUGAUAAAUUCUCUGAGCACUGACCAUGUUCAAAAAAUGCAAAAUCACAUCUCCUCUCCUUUUACCCUAUGAGCUACAUUGAAGAGACUUUAGAAUAAUGGCCCAGGAGAUACCUCUUACCAGCUAUGUAUGUAACAAGGGCUGGAUUUGCACGACAGGUGCCUGUAAACACAGACUUCUAAGGCGCCUCCUGCACCCCCUUCCACAAAAUAAAUAAAUGACAUAUAAAGUAAGUUUAAUUAAAUUAUUAACUGAACAUUGCAGGAACAUUUCAGGUAAAUUGUAAUUAUUAUAUUUGAAUCUCUGAUUAUAGUGAGUGUAUGUGGCUGCCUACACCCUGUUCCAAAUUAUUGUGCAAAUUAUAUUUUUCUCAUUUACCUAAAUAAUUGAUGUAAAUAAUGGUCAGCAUAAUUCUCAUGUUAUCAUCUAUUAAGAGUACAAUUCAAAUUUUAUUCAACAAACCUCCUAAUGAUAACAGUUUUUUUUAAACAUAAAAAACUUACAAUGCACUGUUCCAAAUUAUUACGCACAGUAAGUUUCUAAACACUUUAUAGGUUGUAAUGAACUGAAAACAUUUUAACUUUUUUUUUUUUUAAUUUGACAAUUUUUAUUUUAUCAGUAAGCAAC